ACGAAUGGAAUGACUGAUGUCAAUGUGAAGAGAAAGGCCAGCACGCCGGUAGCAGACGAAGCACCCGCAGAAAAGCGACCAAGAACAUCGUCCUCUCCGGACGAGAACACAGAGGUUGACAGCAUCGCUUCCUCAACGGCUGAAUGUACGUCACUCUCUAUACCAAAGCAGCUUGAUGAGGCUUCUUCCGUACAUAAGGGACCCACAGAUCUCAAGAAGCCUCCAAAGGUCAGGAGGCCUCCUGGACCGGCCGAUGACACAACAGACCCCAACGUGGUAAGUCUGCUGAAGGGGCACAAAACUGAGGUGUUUGUUUGCGCAUGGAACCCGGCAAAGAAAAGCACGCUCGCGUCAGGCUCGAGGGAUACUGUGGUACAUCUCUGGAACGUGCCUGAAGCAAGACCACCAUCUACACAAAUACCGCCGAAAAUUGGGCCACCAUUGACCCUCGCAUGCUCGUCAAAGUCGGAACAAGGAGAUCUGACGUCGCUAGAUUGGACGCAAGACGGCAGUCUACUGGCAAUCGGUUCCUACGACGCGAUUCUACGAGUAUGCACCGCCGGCGGCGAACUCUAUUUCUCGCAUACACAACAUGAGGGACCCAUAUUCGCCACGCGCUUUUCGAAAAACGGACAGUGGUUACUCACCGCGAGUCUGGACGGCACGGCGUGUGUCUGGGACGUCACGAAGAAGACACUACAUCGACAAUUCAAUUGCCACAAAGACUGCUGUCUGGAUGUAGACUGGCUCACCGACGACUUGUUUGCAAGUUGUGGAGCAGAUGGCAAAAUUCAGAUCAUGAGUCUGGAGUCAUCAACACCACCGAAGACGUUACUAGGGCAUUCCACGGAAGUCAAUCAAAUCAAGUGUAGCCCUUCACGGACGCGAAUCGCGUCAUGUUCUGAUGACCGCACUGCGCGGAUAUGGAACAUUGAAGACGUCGUGUAUUCCCGCCCACCAAAUGACGACGUGGUGGUACUGAGCGGCCAUACGAAUACCGUCAGCUCAAUUGCAUGGUGUCCGAUAACGACCGAAGGGGAACACGAGAUACUCGCAACCUCGUCGUUUGACGGGACGUCUCGUCUGUGGGACAGUGUGACGGGCGAAUGCUUGCGCGUGUUUCAAGAUCACAAGCGUCACGUUUACGCUCUCGCUUUUAGUCCGGAUGCGAGAUUCUUCGCGACCGGAGGCAGUGAUGGCUGGCUACAUGUCUACGAUGUGAAGGCACGGCAAAAACGAUGGUCCUGGUUCGCAGGCUCCGAAAAGCCCGGAAUUUUCGAGAUCGACUGGCAACAAUCGGGUAACAUCAACCGGAUGGCUUUGGCUCUCGAGUCCAAUCAAGUCGGCGUUGUCGACGUUACACGAGUACCACUAUUACAAUGACAAGACUCGUCAUGGACACGCCGAAGACCCUCUAGUGUAGUAUACUCAUAAUCUGUAGCCUCGCAUUGAUUUAUUAUGGUAUUUACAGCAAAUUGCUGGUAUGUUCUUGACG